GGCCAAAUUUCUUAUUUUCACUUUUCUUCUUUGUUUUUAGAUCUCUUACUUACUUGAAUGUCACGUCCAUUGCCGCCUCCAAUAACGGGUGAACUUGUCGUAGUUGCUCUAAAAGCUGAAAAUUUACAGCACCAGUCCCCAGUAAAACAAGAUCCAUUCUGUGUGUUUCGAGUCGCCGACGUGGUUAAAAGAACGAAAAAGGAUCCUGGUGGUGGGCUCUACCCUAUUUGGGAUGAUCAGGUAAAUAUACCUGUGCCAGCUGGACAUCACCAUUUAUAUGUUCAAGUAUUUGAUAAAGACACGAAUCCAGCUAAUUUGAUGGGUGAAGGUGUUGUUGAUCUAUCAAAAGUAUUAAGAGAAAAGGAACAUGACAGCUAUUUUCCAUUGCAAGCAAGAGGAAAACCUCAUUGUGGUGAUAUUUACUUGGAAUUGACUUUCUAUUCUGCUGUAAAUACCUCAAGGCCUCAACAACAAGUUCGUUAUCAAUAUCCACCAGGUCAUGGGCCAGGAAGUCAUUUCCCCCCACCAUCUCAUCAUCAGCCUCAUCCUCCUCCACAACAUAGACCACAACAUAGGCCACCUCCUCUCUCACAAAGACCACCUCCUCCACCACAGCAGCAACAAUAUGCUUAUAAUAUGCCUCCACAACACCAUCCAAUGCACUCUCCAGCGCAACAUAAACCCCCUCCUUUGCAACAAAGGCCUUUGCCUCAACCACCAACACAACAGCCAUCCUUUCAUCAGCACCCUCCUCCCCUUCAACAACAGCCACGACCAGCUUAUCGUCAACAAGGGUCUCCAAAUUACCACCAAGGACCUCCAUCUGCUCAUCAUUCGCCCUAUCCUCCUUCUCAAACUGGUCCUUCUCCAUCCUUAAGCAUAUCCACUCAAGUCUAUUCUCCCACAAUGCCAUCUCCUCAACCAUUGCUAUCAGCUCCUUACAAUCCGGUUCCUUCACCAUCUGCAAGACCUACAAAUGUAAAUUAUCCUUCGCCACAAAGACCUCCUUAUCCACUAAUACAACAACCUUAUCUUCAGGGCCCUCUUCCUGGAGGAUUUCAUGACUCUAAUCAACACAGACCACCACCACCUCAUCAACCAGGAUAUUAUCCUCCUCAACCUCAGUCUGGCAUGAGACCUCCACCAAUGGCUCCCAAUGGAUAUCAUUCUAGACCUAAUAAUAGCUACCCACCUUAUUAAUAUUUUUCUCUCUCUCUUAAUAAACGUAAUUAAUUCUCGAAAA